GUUUUGGUCUGUUAGCAGACAUGCUGCUGGCUCCCCCAGUGGCAGACAGUGAUGGGGAGAGUGACGGCUCAGACCGGGUUCCUGUGCCCAGCUUCCAGAACUCCUUCAGCCAGGCCUUUGAGAAGGCCCUGAUGCAGCUGGACCACGGGCCUCCAGCCACCCCUCAGCCUACUCCCAUGCCAGAAGAGAAAGGGGGGAAGAAGAAAAAGCAGAAGCUUCUGUUCAGCACCUCUAUGGUUCACACCAAGUAGACGACACCGUGCAGGCUUGCACACACACACACACACA